GCCAGGCGGUGGCGCUGCUGAGAGAGGAACGGCCAGAGGGGCCAGCCCAGGGCUCUCUUAGGAGCGCCCAGCCAGGUGGGGUGGGGUCGAGACGUUAUUCCCGCUAGCUGAGCAGAUGGCGGCUCCGGGCUCCGGGCCCGGGCCCGGGCCACCCCCGGGGUUGGAGGCGGCCCUGCAGAAGCUCGCGCUGCGGCGGAAGAAGGUGCUGAGCGCCGAGGAGAUGGAGCUGUACGAGCUGGCGCAGGCGGCUGGCGGUGCCAUGGACCCCGACGUGUUCAAGAUCCUGGUGGACCUGCUGAAGCUGAACGUCGCGCCCCUCGCAGUCUUCCAGAUGCUCAAGUCCAUGUGUGCCGGGCAGAGGCUGGCGAGCGAGCCCCAGGACUCUGCGGUUGUGUCCCUGCCCACAUCGAGCAUGCCGGAGACCCGAGGGAGAAACAAAGGCAGCACUGCUCUUGGUGGAGGCCCAGGCCUGGCAGAACGAAGCGGCAGGGAAGGAUCCAGCCAGAGGAUGCCCCGACAGCCCAGUGCUACCAGGCUGCCCAAGGGGGGCGGGCCUGGGAAGAGCCCCACCCGCGGCAGCACCUGAGCCAAGCAGAGACUUGUCACUCCCACCUGCUGUGGGCUCCACCAACCUCCUGGCCGAGGUUAUGUAUUAUUUCCUCCAGUUGGUAAUAAACCUUUUUGAAAAAAUGAGGAUCCAUU